CGCAUGCAGUGGCCUGGCGUGAGUUCGCGCGAGCACGUCGCAUCUACGGAGUCGCGUAAAUCUACAUCGUUCAGAGGAAAACGCGUUUGUUGAAUUUUGUCCCGGAAUUUGGAGCGCGUCGAUUUCUCUCCUGUCCGGAUCUCGCCGUUAUCAUCCUUUUUUCUCCCUCUUUCUCUCGCCCGCUCUUGCACGCACACGGGACAUUAUGCUCACACCCGACGAGCGCGUCCACGUUAUCCACGAUAGAAACGGCGUCCUUAUCAACGGUGAGGCUGCGAGCGAGUCCCGAUCAGCUGGCCUCGCGAAGAGUCUUUGACACCUCGGUGAUCAACUCGAGGUUUAGCGCGAAUUUGUCAUCAUCUCAACGGUGAAAUCUAGUCGAUCGAGUAAGGCGACUCUCGGAAAGUGUGUAACGGGAACAUCCUUAUCCCCACUCCUUCCUGCCUUCCUGCUUUUAAAAUCUCGCAUCCCGAUCUAAAUCAUAUAGAUCUCAUCGUUCGCAAGGAUUUCUCGCCCUUUGCCUUGCGUGGGCUAUUCUCGCAAGUGUGCUGAUCGCGAUCUUGUAAGUGUGAAUCUCCUCGCUGUAAAGUAAGAAUCCGCUCCCUCUCUUGUCCCUUCGUCUCCUCGGAAACGAAUCGUCCUCCUCUUCUUUUCGUUUGGCGCCGUCAGAAAUCUCGAUAGCGCUUGGAAUCGAAUUCGAGAGUUCUCUGACAGGAGAGAGAGAGAAAGAGAGAGAUGGAAGCCGCCGUCGAUUUAAACCAGAUGCGGGAAUCGACACCGACGCGACAGCGCUGAGCGGGACGAUGCGCCGUUAAAAACGACUUAAAGCUAAAGUUAAGAAAGAGCAUCGAGAAAAACAGAGAGAGAAAGAGAGAGAAAUUAUGCCGGAUAAAAAUCCCGGCUGCAGAAAUGGACGAUGCGAGAACAAAGAUUUCCUUGCCGGCGAAAUAUCAUCCAUCGGCAUGUCGUUGCGGCCCAGCGGGAGCACAUCCUCCGGCAUCUCGACUCUUGCGAGCUGCGGCGAGGUGGAUGCGCUGCCCGAGCUGCCACCACAAGAUGAAGAACGUCUGCAGCGCGCUGCGCGUCUGCUGCAACAGAGACUGGUGCUACGUCAAUGGCUGAUGGACCAUGGUCUACAUAAUUAUUAUCAAAAGUUGAUGCAAAUGGAAGUUAUGUCCCUGGAGGAUGUAUAUUGGGUGGAGGACAAUGCGGCACGGGCGGCCCUUGGCAAGGAUCUACCACGGUGGACUCAGGCUAGACAGACAUUGCCUACUUCAAAAGAAGAUUUGGAAACUCUCAAAGCGGAUCUGUGGAGCGCCGUUGUAAAGAACAGCCAACAUCAGGACGCUUGGACAUGGGGCGGUAUGCUGGUAGUUUCCGUGUCGGUGGCAGGGCUGGUUACCCUGGCUGCUAUGACGCAGCCCGCUCUGGCACCCGAAGCGAAACACUCUCUUCUACAGUACGUCACAGGGAAAUAUUUAUUACCGAGUAACUGCCGCGUUCAUUUCGAAUGGGAAGAGCCUCAGCUGGUUGGCGAAACGAUGACUUUUACGGUUAAAUUUUAUCAACGCAACGGUCAACCGUAUCCGAUAUGUGACAAGGAUAAUUUAAUCGUGGAGGUAACAGAGGAUACGCGCAGAGUAGCUACGCUAAUAGAACUGGGAGGCACCGACCCCUUAGCUGCAAAUACUGCAGUAGUAAAGUUUACUGUCCGCCAUGCGGGACAAUAUCGAAUAGCUGUACUUAUCGGAUCGUGUCAUGUUCAUGGCAGUCCGUUUCUUAAAAGUUUCCUUCCUGGUCCACCAGAUCCAAAUAAGACGGUCUUCGUACGACAAAGUUCUACGGUCGUUUGUACAGCUGGGAUAGCCCAUUCGAUGACAAUAGAGCCACGUGACGAAUAUGACAAUCUGUGCAUAUUUGGACCUGGAGAUCAGCCUACAGAAGGCUACAAUGUCAAUAUUACCCAGAUCGGUAGUGUAGUAGAUAAAGGAUCGAUGGUAGACUGUAGCAUUCAGCUUGACUACGAUUUUUCAAAUCAAAGAAUUCGUUUAAAAGUAAGCUUUCCUAAAGGCGGAUGUUAUCAUGCAACCGUUAGCUUGGCAGGAUUGCAGCUGCAUAAUGGGGAUUUCGAUAUCAUUGUGCUCGAGAAUUCUGUCGCGAGAAUGGUGCAUAAUAACGUAGCAUCUAAGGAUCCUGAUAUCUGUUAUGUUGCAAAGUUGCUAGGCAUGCAGGGAGAAAGAUUUUCUAAACCAAAGAAGGUCUUCUGCUUCAUUUCGCCAAAGCAACUUACGAUUAAAGAAUAUUUAUUAAAAUUUAUUCCCAAGAGGCUCGUGACAUUUAGACUGUGUCCUUCGACUAAGUUCCAUUUUGAAAGUUCAACUAAUCAACACGAAGGAUAUUACCCAUUCUCAAUAGAUGACGGAUGCCAACCCCCCGUAGAGUUAAUAUCUCUGUAUCGUGAUAUAAUAGCUGCUACUUUUACUUUGUUUCUCCUGAAAAACAUUGGUGGUAGUGAAACGUUCGCUGACAAACAAGACUUUUUCUAUCACGAGGUCCGUAAGCAUCACCAAAAACAUUAUCAUGAGAAACUCUCAAUGAAAGUGCAACGUGAUAAGCUUUUAGAAUCGUCUAUGAAAGCUACUAAAGGCUUUUCCGUGAGCGACUGGUGCCGAAAUUUUGAAAUCAAUUUCCAAGGCGAACAAGGGGUUGAUUGGGGUGGCGUACGACGUGAAUGGUUCGAAUUGAUAUGCGCCGCGCUGUUCGAUCCGGGGAACGGUUUGUUUGCGUCGUUUGGGGAAUCGCAACAGGCAUUGGUGCAUCCAAAUCCCAAACGACCACCGCAUCUUAAAUUGAAACACUACGAGUUUGCCGGACGUAUCGUAGGCAAGUGUCUUUACGAAUCGGCGCUCGGCAGCUCCUACCGUCAGUUAGUACGGGCGCGAUUCACUAGAUCAUUUCUUGCACAGAUUAUAGGACUUAGAGUGCAUUACAAGUAUUUCGAACAAGAUGAUCCUGAUCUGUAUUUAAGCAAGGUGAAAUAUAUCUUGGAAAACGAUGUUGAAGAAAUGGAAUUAUAUUUCGUUGAAGAGGAAUAUGAUAAGGAUGGACAGUUAUUAAAGGUGGCAGAAUUAAUUCCCGGUGGUAGCAAAGUUCGAGUGACCAACGAUACGAAGCUUCGUUACUUGGAUGCGUUAGCUCAACACCGUCUCGCCAGUUCUAUCCGCAACGAAGUCGAUCAUUUCCUGCGCGGUCUCAACGAACUAAUUCCCGACAACCUCUUAGGCAUAUUUGAUGAAAAUGAGUUGGAGUUGUUGUUGUGCGGAACCGGCGAGUACAGUGUGGCCGAUUUACGCGCGCAUCACAUAGCUAACGGAAGCUCUCCAGAAUUUCUGCGAGUGCUCGAUUGGUUCUGGACAGCGGUGAGCAAUUUUACGCAGGAGGAGAUGGCACGAUUACUCCAGUUCACCACGGGAUGCUCGCAAUUGCCGCCCGGUGGAUUUCAACAAUUGAGCCCUCGUUUUCAGAUUACGGCCGCACCAACGUUCGCUAAUUUGCCCACGGCACAUACCUGCUUUAACCAACUCUGCUUACCUGAUUACGAAUGCUAUGAUCACUUUGAACGAGCGUUGCUGUUGGCGAUCAGCGAAGGCACCGAAGGUUUUGGUAUGAUUUAAACCGGGAAACUGUAGAAUCCAUCGAAUUUCUAGUCUGACUAGAAUUGUUGAUCGAUUCAAUUUAUGUAUCAAUUUUUUUCUUCGAUAGCGAAAUCCAUCUUCUACGAUAAAAAAAAAAGAAAAAACAUUUUCUCGAUAACAAAUCCUAUUACGAGUUUAUCGCAUAAUAACUUCCUGCCGUCAGCAAGGUCAGGAAGAGAGGGGUAAUUUUAUCGCACGUUUUGAUAUGUAGAAAAGAUUAGAAUUUUUGGAAUUAACUUUUUUCUGUUUACGCCGAAGACUAUCAGGAACAAUCUAAUCUUCCGACGACGUCUUAGACGAUGCAAUUUCUACUGAGCCGCGAUGUUUUUAUAAAACGGUGGAUAUUCAACAAGAGAGCAAUGUUACCUCAACAUCAGAAUUGCUCAAUAUUAUUGUAUCGAGAUUUAGCGUAGAGAAACUUACGAUAGAUUGAACGUAAAAAGUUACAUUAACGCGUUCCUCGAAUGACGAUGUAGUUAACGUCGCUCUAUAAGAAUAUGCGAUACAACAAAUCAAAAUACGCAUAAAUAUGCAAUUAAUAAUUUUCUUUUUGCAGUAAUUGUUAUAUAUAAUACGUGCGGAGAUUGAUGCAUUUCACAAAGGGAUCACUUUAACAAAAGACAGCACAACGUUCCGUUAAUCAGUAUUAGUUUUGUAGCGUACUACGGAAUAUGUGAUUUUAACAGUACUUGAAGAUUAAAAUAACGAUUAAUAAUGUGUUAAACUUUUGCACUAGUUUAAUUUUUCCGUUUUAUCGUCUCUCGUAACAACACGGUACUUCCAACGUCGACAAUGGCGCAGAUGUAAUAUAAGCUAAUUAGUAUGUACAUCCAGUACAAAUUAUGAUUGUAUUCUGAGUAACACUACGUAUGACAUCUAUUUCUCAUCAGCGCAAAAUACUCGCGAUAUAAUAAGCAUGAUACCUAGUUGUGAUCGAAAACAUUGCGAUCGUACUGUAAACAUCGCAUUCUGGUAUACGUAUUUAUUUAAGGUGCAAUGAUAUGUACUUAUAUUUAAGUAGAGAAGAAAUAAUAUGGAAUUAGUAGCAAUCGCCAUAGGAGGCUAUCUGUUGCAAUAUAAUGAAUAAAUGGCCAACAAUCGUAAACUGUACUGCGCCUUGCAAUAGCAAAAACUAACCGCCUCGCCAGAUUAUCUGUCAUCAAAUAAUAUUGACGAUAAUUUAUUUUUAUCAGUUUAUCAUUACGUGAAAGAAAGUAAAAAAAUAUAGAUUAAAAA